AUGAGUGUACCAGUCAAAAGCCAGGAGAAUGCCUUCCUCUAUUAUUGUUUAUGUCCAUCUCUGUAUGAUAUAGACACAUCUUUAAUAGAGGUGAAUAUGACUGAAGUUCAUUUGUCCAGCGGGUUCGAAAGAUUUAAUGAUGGUGGGCCACUAAUGUGGGUUAGAAAGUGGACAGAAGUUGACCAAAAUUCCGUGGAAACGUCUAGAAAGGCCUUGCUUUUCGUCAGCCACGGACUGGGUGAACACAGUGGCUGGUAUGAUGAGCUAGGGAGUUUGUUAGCCGGAAGUGGAAUUUUGGUAUUCUCCCAUGAUCACGUCGGUCAUGGGAAAAGUCCUGGCAUCCACAAUCACAUUGAUGACUUCAAGGAAUACACGUCAGUUAUUUUUGACCACUGCAGUGAAAUGAAGAAGAAAUAUCCGGAUUUGCCGUUGUUUUUAUUUGGACACUCUAUGGGAGGUGCUGUGGCGAUACUGGCCGCUCUCGAAAAUAAGACUUUCUUCUCCGGAGUCAUUACGUCAGCUCCUUUCGUCAUUCCAACCAAAGGCUUGCCUUCAAAAGUAGAGCUAUUUUUCAUGAAGAAUAUGAUUGCAAGAUUGUGUCCUCAACGUAAGCUUUUCUUCGUCGAUUCAAAGGAAGUUACUCGUGAUCCUGACAUGAUAAAAAGAUUUGAAGAAGAUCCUUUGAUUCAUCCAUUUUUCAAGGCUAAAUUUGGGGUUGCUUGGCUCAGUUGCUCUGAAAUAAUUACAAAGAAUUUGGAAUCAAUUUCUUGGCCUUUUCUAGCAAUCCAUGGUGAUGCUGAUAAUAUAAGUGACGUCAAAUUCUCUCAAGAUAUGUUCCACAAAGCAAAAAGUCUAGACAAAGAAAUUAAGAUAUAUCCCGGAUUUCUUCAUGCCCCACUUUACGAGCCAGAAGAGGACAGGCAGCUUGUUUUCUCUGAUAUCAAACAAUGGCUUGAGAAAAGAAUAUGA